AUGGUGUGUAGAACGUCAGAUUUGCACAGUGAAUGCGCAGAACCUCCACUGCAAUGCGCGCUGUCUUCCUGCGUAUACCAUGUGCAACUGAUAUUCCCCGACAACACCGGUCACACGUUCUUCCUCAAAGUCUGGUGUAGCAGCAUGGAUGAUUUAGAAGAUUGGCCAGAAAUAGAGAAAGCUCUAAAAGAGAAAAGACGUGAGCUCGUUUUACAAGGUGCGUCAGUGGAAGAGAGAAUCGCGGCAGGCGGAGGGCUUACCAAAGCGGUCUAUUCUCUCAAACUCUUAAAUUAUCUGGAGGUAGCCCAGUGUCCGAGUCUAACAGAGAUCCACGAGGACAUCAAAUACCUCACCAAUCUUCAAAGCCUUUUUCUCUGCAGGAACCAACUCGGAUCCAUCCCAAAAGUAAUAGGAAGUAUUCAAUCCCUGAAGGUGCUAGAUGUAUCCGUCAACAACCUCACCGUUCUGCCUGAUGAAAUCACCCAGUUACCCAAUCUGAACACGCUCAACGUGAGCUGCAACAGCCUAGUGUGUCUUCCGGAGGGGCUGAGCAAGUGUUCAAAGCUCUACCACCUCAACAUCUCCAAGAACAACAUCACUAGUUUCCCUUCGGACUUCUACUCCGACCGCCUGGAUCUGCUGAGCACCGUCAUCGCGUACGACAACGCCAUCGAAGAACUCAGCGGAGAUGUGUCCAAGCUUGCGGCCAUCAAGAAUUUGGACCUGUCCAACAACAAGCUGUGUGAGCUUCCCUUCAGCCUCAGCGACUGCGCCAAGCUGAAGGAUGUCAACUUCAAGGGCAAUAAGUUCAAGGACAAGCGUCUGGAGAAGAUGGUCAACGGCUGCCAGACCAAGUCCAUCCUGGACUACAUCCGAGCCGGUGGGAGAGGGAAAGGAAAGGGCAAACCAGCAGGGGAGGACGCUGGUGGAGACGUAGCAGAGGGUGGGGACAAGAAGAAGAGGCCCCAGAAGAAGAACAAGAAGAAGCAGGGGGAGGAGGAGCAGGAAGAGGAACUGGCCAAGAUGGUGGUGAGGAUUCUCCACCUGUCCGACAGUCCCACCGCGCCGGCCAUCACGGUGACGGCCAACGUGAAGGACGUCAGGCCGUACCUGGUCUGCUGCGUGGUGAAAGGGAUGAAUCUCAAGCCCGGGAAUGCCCUCAAAAGGUUCCUGAUGGCACAGACCAAGCUUCACGACGAACUGUGCGUGAGGAGGACCACGGCCACCAUCGCCACGCAUGACCUGCAGCUUCUCAAGAGCCCGCUGGUCUACGACGCCAGACCCCCGGCCGACCUGAAGAUCACUCCUCUGGGUCGUAAGGAGGUGUGCUCCGUGGAGCUCAUGAAGACCCUGCAGCAGGAGGCCAGCGACCAGAGGAAGCAGAAGAAGAGGCAGAACGUCUCCGGCCUCCACAAAUACCUGCAGCUUCUGGAUGGAAAGGAACUCUACCCGUGUCUCGUGGAUGCAGAGGGUCAUGUGAUCUCCUUCCCACCAAUCACCAACAGUGAUAAGACCAAGAUCAGCCAGACGACCAAAGAGUUGUUUCUGGAGGUGACCAGUUCCACCAGCCUGCAAACCUGCAAGGAUGUCAUGGACGCCCUCAUUGUAAAAAUGGCGGAGCUGAACAAAUUCACAGCGGAGCGAAAUGAGGAGACGGACGCUGAAACCCCCGGUCCCCCCGGUACCGAGACCCCGAGCCAGACCGCUGAGCAGCAGCAGCAGCAGCAGGAGGAGGAGGAAGGUCUGGUGAUCCAGCAGGUCCGCACCGUGGACCAGGAGGGCAACCUGAAGGUGGUCUACCCCUCCAAGACGGACCUCCCCAACGCAGACGAGACCCUGAAGAUCAUCUGGUAGACGGUAGACCUGCCACAUGUUGUCCUCUUUUCUUCGGUUCAUUGAAGGCUUGUGUGUUAAAGAUAACGGUCAAAGCAUCUCAAAGAAGGGAAAAGCAUACCAUGGGAAAAAUACCACCAUGUACUUUGGUAAAUGUAAAAAAAAUAAUAAUAAUCCUGUUCAGAAUUAUAUUCUGGUUUCCUUUUUUUUUUCUUUUUUUUUAUCGUGUCAUACUCUUGAUUUCUGGUGUACCGUAGGAAAAAUUACAACUCAAUGCAAUGUCCUAACCACAUACAGGAUUGUAACGACAAGUAUUUGCCAUUAAUUGUACUUCUGGUACUGCUUCAGAGCAUGUUCAAACUAACUAAUUAAAUAUCUUAACCCACUCUA